AAAUAUGCAGUGACCGAAAUGCGACGCUAAUAACUUGUAUUCCCCAGAAUAUUUAGCCCUGCUGGUCACAAACAUGCUGCGUCUAAAAGCCAGUAGGGAAUCAAACUAGUGUAGAAGAUAAUUGAGAGGGCAUUGAAAGCCAGGAGAAAAACGAUGCGUUGCUCGGAGCCAGCGGAUCAUUGCGUUAAUAGCCCACGUACCUAAGAAGCGGUACGUGAAGUUUGACAGCAAGUUGAGGUUCGGUCAGCAUCAAAUAAGAAGGGAAGGGUAAUUAAUGUCUUCGCACCAUUCAAUUUAGGCUGCUGGUGCGCAGCCAACUCUUCGAAACACGCAAGCGAGCGAGGAGGAUUUUGUUUUUCCCCUCUCCCAUUGCCCAAGCAGCCUAGAGGAUGUAUCGAUCUGGGAGAGCGGGCUGAUCUCCAUGUAAAUAAAGGGGCGGGUGGCCGGGCCGUGGCGGUCCGGGUGGGAUGCGGUGACUUUGCCUUGCUGACAUCAUUGCUCAUUAACAUGCAGGAGAGGAGAGCAAUGCAACAGCAGAGCCCCGCGCCGCUCCCGCGCCGCCAAUUAUUCUCCAUGGGCUGCAUCGCUCCUCGUUAAUGCCUCGCGCUCGGCGAGCAAAUUGGACAUCCUCUCGCCACCUCCGAGGGUCACUCGGAGAAAGGCAGGCUGGAGGGGGGAGCUGCUGGAUCCGCUCGGAUUGGGAGCAGAGAGGGAGGGACCCUCCGGAGCCGGAUUUCAAAGCGAGGCAAUUGAGGCGAAAGCUGCAGACGCGGGGCAGGAAAGGCAGGGCUUUCCAGGGCAGCUUUCCUACGGGAACGUGCCUGCUCGGAAAGGCUUCCACAGAGCCCCAGAGCCGGAGCGAGGGAUGCUGUAUGGCACUGCGGGGCUCCGGCUGGUCCUGCGAGCAGCCCGCAGGCACCGGGCACAGCUAGGGCAGCUGGGCAGCUCAUAGAGCCUUCCCUCCUGCGCUGCCAUCGCCAGCGGGAACAGGAAGAUCUGCCUUCACUGUAAGUGCUCCCAGGAAGAGCACAUUGUAACAGUUAUGCCUCUGGAGAUGGAGAAGACAGUCACGAAGCUCAUGUUUGACUUCCAGAGGAGUUCAACUUCUGACGACGACUCAGGCUGUGCUUUGGAGGAGUAUGCCUGGGUGCCCCCCGGCCUGAAGCCUGAGCAGGUGCACCAGUACUACAGCUGCCUGCCCGAGGACAAGGUUCCCUAUGUCAACAGCCCGGGAGAAAAAUCUCGCAUAAAGCAACUUCUUCACCAGCUGCCACCACAUGACAAUGAGGUUCGCUAUUGCAAUUCAUUGGAUGAGGAGGAGAAGAGGGAGCUCAAACUCUUCAGCAACCAGAGGAAGAGGGAAAAUUUAGGGAGAGGCAAUGUUCGGCCAUUCCCUGUAACCAUGACAGGAGCCAUCUGUGAGCAGUGCGGUGGCCAGAUCAAUGGAGGGGACAUGGCCGUCUUCGCCUCACGAGCGGGACACGGCGUCUGCUGGCACCCUCCCUGCUUCAUCUGCAGUGUGUGCAAUGAGCUGCUGGUCGACCUGAUCUACUUCUACCAGGAUGGGAAGAUCUACUGUGGCAGGCACCAUGCCGAGUGCCUCAAGCCCCGCUGUGCUGCGUGCGAUGAGAUCAUUUUUGCUGACGAGUGCACCGAGGCCGAGGGGCGGCACUGGCACAUGAAGCAUUUCUGCUGCUUCGAGUGCGAGACGGUUCUGGGCGGGCAGCGCUACAUCAUGAAGGACGGGAGGCCCUACUGCUGCAGCUGCUUCGAGUCCCUGUACGCCGAGUACUGCGACACCUGCGCCCAGCACAUCGGUAUUGACCAGGGCCAGAUGACAUACGACGGCCAGCACUGGCACGCCACCGAGACCUGCUUCUGCUGCGCCCAGUGCAAGAAGUCACUGCUGGGACGGCCCUUCCUGCCCAAGCAGGGGCAGAUCUUCUGCUCCAGGGCCUGCAGCAUUGGUGAUGACCCCAAUGGCUCCGACUCCUCCGACUCGGCUUUCCAGAGUGCGCGGGCCAAGGAGUCGCGGCGCAGCGCCAAGAUUGGCAAGAACAAGGGGAAGGCCGAGGAGGGGGCACGCAGCCCCUGCAACCAACUGCAGGUCACCUCCAACCGCCUCUCCACCGACGUGGACCCGCUGUCCCUGCAGAUGGAUCUGCUGAGCCUGGCCAGCCAGACACCCAGCCUCAACAGGGACCACUUGUGGAGGAGCCGGGAUGAGCUCUAUCACUACGGGGGCAAAAUGGAGCAAAGCCAGUCUCAAACCCCCUUGCAGCUCCUCAGCCAGUGCAACAUAAGAACCUCCUAUAACCCCACCCAGGUCCCAGGCUCGCAGUCGGAUUUAUGGGCAAAACACUUCAGCAACCAAAAGAGGAGCUCCUCGUUGGCCAUGAAGAGCCACGGUGGCAGCUUCAUCCAGGACUGCAGAGAGGACUACUACUCAGGGAGGCUCCGCUCGCAGGAGAGCUACAGUGACAUGUCCAACCAGAGCUUCCCAGAGACCAGAGGAAGUGUCAAAGUCCCCAAGUAUGAAGAGGAAGAGGAGGGUGGGAUGCCAGCAUCACAGUGCCGCACCCGUCACCCCAUCAAUGCCCUCAAGUUCACAGAGGACCUGACGCCCACCGAGCAGACUCCCCGGGGCUCCAUGGAGUCCCUGGCACUCUCCAAUGCCACAGGCCUCUCAGCAGACGGUGGAGCCAAGCGCCAAGAGCACCUCUCCAGGUUCUCCAUGCCUGACCUGAGCAAAGACUCGGGCAUGAACGUCUCGGAGAAGAUGAGCAACAUGGGCACGCUGAACUCCUCCAUGCAGUUCCGCAGCGCCGAGUCCGUGCGCAGCCUGCUGUCGGCGCAGCAGUACCAGGACAUGGAGCCCACCCUGCACGACCUCGCCAGCCCCCUGGGCUACCAGGAGCGGCCGUCGCACGGGCGGAUGCACCAGAGCUUCGACUACGGCAGCGGGGUGCCCGGGGCCAAGCUGGGCCCGCAGGAGAUCCCCCGGCACACGCCCAUGAGCGAGCGCACGCGCCGCAGAACCGUGCUCCGCGACGACGAGCGGCACUACCGCCCACACCGGCCCCGGCGCUCGCGGCGCUCCCGCUCCGACAACGCCCUGCACCUGGCCAGCGAGCAGUGCUACCGCCUCAAGGAGAGACCCUCGCUGCGAGCCAGGGACGACUACGACCCCUUCGUGCAUCAGAGGAGCUGCAGGGAGACCAUGGAGCAGGGUCCUUACAGGGAUGUCUACGGCCACUGUCCCCGGACGGUGUCGGAUCUCGCCUUGCAGAACCACUUGGGCGAGAGAUGGGGGCCCUACUUUGCCGAGUACGACUGGUGCUCCACCUGCUCCUCCUCUUCGGAGUCCGACAACGAGGGCUAUUUCCUCGGGGAGCCCAUCCCGCAGCCUGCCCGCCUCCGGUACGUGACCAGCGAGGAGCUGCUGCACAAGUACGGCUCCUACAGCAUGCCCAAGUCCUCCACGGUGGGGGCCAGGGGACAGUUGCACAGCCGGAAAAGACAGAAGAGCAAGAACUGUAUCAUAUCCUAAUGGCACCCUUGCCAGGCACCUUGGGAGAAUGUAAAUUAACUCACGAUCUUGCACUGUUUUAGAUCAUGUAAGUGCUUUUAUUGUAACAAAAAAAAGGCCUGAAGAGUACGGAUUUGUUAAGGAGGUUGUAGACUGGCUUCUAUAAAUAGUCAUAAUCCUGGGCACAGUGAAUAUAUUUUGCACAUCUUACUUUGGA